GGAGAGACUGCUCAAUCUGCGACCAGAGACCAACACAACCAGUCGCUCUCACCCGGACUCAAUUAACUCAGCACCUCUCCGCACGCACCUCGCACCGCUGCUCUCAAACUGCGCUCCACUGGGAACUAAAUGAGUGGCAUCCUGUAUGUCCCCUUUGAAUUUGUAUGAGGACACAGAUCUCCAGCGAUAAGGUACAGAGCCGGGAUGUCACAGAACUGAAGAUCGUCUCAUACAGAGACCAAGAGACUUGGAGCAAAACGCAUCCUUAUUUCAAAGCAGAAAGCCAGUAUAGUGAUAUGGAGUCUGGAGAGCGGCUGUCCUCCCCAUCUUCAGUCUCGUCCUCCCUUCACAUGGCCUUCUCUUCAGCCAGCUCCUCCCCUGCAUCAGCCCACAAGCCCUCCACCAAAUGCAGCCCGGACCCUAACCGUGCAGGCAGUUCCCCUCAAACCACCUGUGGCCCUUUGCUACAGAUGAACGGGGAUGCGUGUUUAAAUCUGUCUGGCGAGCCCAACAGUUUUCCCUUAGUCGCUCAUCCUGCUUUUGGGCUCUUCCCUCCGAGUUUAGGCCAGUCUCAGUUUGGAGGUCUCGGGAGUCUGGGUUUAUCUGCCUUUGCUGCUAACCCCCAGUUUGGUACAUUUCCAGACUGGUUUUGGCGAUAUGACACGCGUACCGGAGGAGCAGCAUCCUUCUCCGUUCCUCCUCUCGGUCUUCAUCCUGUAUUUACACCAGUCUUCAAGAGCCAAGAUCCUGCUCACUCCCAGUCCUGUACAUCAGUUUCUGUAGGUGUGAAUGGAACAGUGAAUGGGCGGAGCAGUUCCUGUCCUACUGGGAACUCUGCUGGGUACGCCAGUUCAUUUCCAGCAAAGGCAACCAAGGAUAGAACUAAGGCCAACAUUCAUCCAAAGAGCAGUCAGGACCCAGGCCAGCUAUACCAGAAGAGUGUUCAGAAAACAAAAGAAAAGAAACCCAGCAAAAGACCACUAGAGACCUCAAGCAUGAGUGGCAGCCAGUCAGGAUCCCUAUCAGAUAGCUCCAGUGAUGGUGAGGACAGCAGCAGUGAUGCUGAUGACAUGGAGUUGGAUGAGGAGGAUGAUGAUGAAGAUGAGGAUGAUCAGAGCAACGACAGCGAUGACUCUGAUUCUGAAACAGAGCGUCAAGUUAAACCGGAUUUCAAGCGGCUGACAAAGAACACUUUAGAGAGUAAAAAUCGAAGAGGUUGCGCUGCUGAAGGAAAUGCAACUCAAGACAGUCGUCGCGAUGGUGUCUCUUUGACUUCUUCGCACCGUAUCCAGUCCUCUCCCCAUCCUGCUGGCAGGACUCAAUCUGUCUCAAUUACUCUGUUUCUCGAGAAAUCCAGGACUGCAGAGGAGGACCGACAGAAACACAUUAGUGUCAUUCAGGCCACAGGGCUGGCAGCCAUUAGCAGCAGUCCCUCCUCACAGUCUCACAGGGAGGUGUCUCCUCUGCCCUCCAGAUCACCCAAAACCAUAUCCUUCUCCAACUCACCCAAGCACUUACCUCCAGCUUCACCAAAGCCCUUCUCUCAUUCGUCCUCACCAAAGCACAUCUCUGUCUCCUCUUCCCCCAAACCUCUUGCCCUCUGUUCCCCUCUGAAACCCCUGUCUCUGGGGACCUCGCCCAAACGUUCAUUUCUUUCCUUACUUAAACUUAAUCCCCUCUCCUCUUCACCCAAACCACCCACACCGUUAGCCACACAGAAGCCCUCACAUAAACAGAGGGGUCUGAUGCCUUCUUCUAAGCACACACAGCCUGUUGAUGACCCAAAGGAGAGCAGUGGAAACCCAGAUGAAAUCUCAUUGUACCGCAGCAGUUUUAAAUUGGGAAAGCGCGUCCAUGCCGAGGCCCCUUUAAAGCAGCCUUUCUCUCUGCAACUCUCUAGCCAGAACUGCAAUGACACCAACCUGUUCCUGAACCCUUGUCCUAAUGGAGCGUUCGACAGCGAAGUUCAGAAUGCCCCCUUGCCUCUCAAGAUGUGCCGCAUGCAGAGCAGCAUCCUCAACAACAAGCCACUUGUUGCCACUAUUAGCCCUUCUUGCCUGAUGCCCAUCAACUUGAGCACUGGCACCAAGGUACCAACGGACUCUGCUUCAAUUCUUAAAUCAACGGCCUCGCCACGAUUUUCUCACGGAUCGAGGAAGACCAAGAGUCCUAAAUCUCUACAUGCAGGAAGGAGUCUCCUGAAAACCAACUCGUCCUGUCCUCUACCUGUGGAAUUGGUCAGAAGCAGUGAGUCUGACAUCCACAGCAGCAAGGACUCAAACUCUGACUCUUUGGGAGAUGACUGCGAUGAAGAUGAUGAAGAUGAUCUUGAAGAGGAGGAUUCUGGUAGUAGUCUAUCAGAGAGCCAGUCAGAGAGCAACCUGGAGAGCGACUCUGUCGGCGCUGAGGAUGACAUGAAAGAGCGUGCCGAGUCUGAAGCAGAUAGCGAUGCAGAAAGCACUCCCCUGAAUCUAGCGAAAGCGCCGCUGUCAGCUUGCAAGUCCUCCUCGAGCCUCUCAGCCAACUGCUCCCUGCUCAACCAUCAGGUCAUCACGCCACCUAGUUUAUCCAGUAGUCUGCUCACCCCCAACACACUGAGCAGCUUAGGAGCUCUGAACAACCACAGCACCCCGUCCUCAUCCGUCACACUUACCCCACUGCCAGGAUCAGGGAAGAGGAGGAGAGUGACAGAUGAGAGAGUUCUGAAGUCGCCUCUUGAGUUUGGGUGGCAGAGAGAGACUCGGAUCAGGAGUGUGGCAGGUCGACUUCAAGGGGAGGUUGCUUACUUUGCACCAUGCGGGAAGAAACUGCGUCAGUAUCCUGAUGUAAUGAAGUACUUAGUGCGGAAUGGAAUAACUGAAAUCUCACGGGAUAACUUCAGCUUUAGUACAAAAAUUAAAGUUGGUGCCUUCUAUGAAGCCAGAGAAGGACCAGAGGGUCCUCAGUGGUUUUUACUGGCUGAGGAGGAGAUCACUCCCAUUAUCAUAGCGAUGGAUGGUCGCCGCAGCCGCCGCUUGAAGUCUGAGCACCAGCCAUCAGGUGAUGGUGCUGGGGGCCAACGAUGGAAGAAUCAUCCUCUAAAUGUUGGAGAAAAUAACUUCCAAGACGUCAACAACGCCAAGCUGCGCCGCAAACUGGAGGCUCAAGAAAUGGCUCGACUGGUAGCUCAGAUCAAAUUGAUGAGAAAACUGGAGAAGCAGGCCAUGGCACAAGCAGCCAAGGAGGCCAGGAGGCAGAAAGCAAUAAUGGCUGCUGAGGAGAGGCGGAAGAAGAGGGAGCAGAUGAAGAUUCUCGAACAGCAAAAGAAGAUCAAGCGCAGUCAGCAAAUGCGAAUGGAGAAAGAACUCCGUGCACAGCAAAUUCUUGAGGUUAAAAGACAGAAACAACAAGAAGCAGCCAAUGCCAGAUUAUUGGAGGCUGAGAAACGAAACAAGGACAAGGAGAUGCAAAGACUGCAAGCUGUUAUGCUGAAGCAACAGGAGUUGGAGAGGCAUAGACUAGAUAUGGUAUGGGAGACAGAAAGACGCAGGCAGCACAUGAUGCUGAUGAAGGCUGUGGAGAUUCGUAAGAAGGCAGAGGAGAAAGACCGUCUGAAGCAACAGAAGACGGACGAGAAACGGCAAAACAAGGAGAGGAAACUCCAGCUCAGACGACUGGAACUGGAAAAAGCAAAGGCGCUAAAGAAGCCAAACGAAGACAUGUGUUUAGCAGAUCUUAAGAGUCUUCCAGUGCUCUCACGAAUCCCUGGUCUGGUCUUGCAAGGAAGCACCUUAUCUGACUGCCUGAUGGUGCUGCAGUUUUUGCACACCUUUGGAAAGGUCCUGCGACUAGACAAUUUAAACGACCUUGACUUAAGUCGCCUUCAAGAGGGUUUACUUAACACUGGGGGCAGUAUGGGGAAAGUGCAAGACCUGCUGGUGAGCAUGGUUUCUUCAGCCGUACAGGAUCCUGGUAUACCUGCAGGUCACAAGCGCAAAACCUGUCUAGGGGAACACUUGACUAAUGUGGCAAUCAACAGAGACAAUGUGUCUGAGAUCCUGCAGAUCUACAUGGAGGCUCACUGUGAUAAGUCAGAGUCAGCUGCUCUGGCCCUCAGUCUCAGGACGAAAGCUUUUCAGGCCCACAGUCCAUCUCAGAAGGUGUCCAUGUUGUGCUUCCUUGUUAAUGACCUCUGCUGCAGUAAAGCUGUGAUCAGUGAGAUCGACAAGAACAUGGAUCACGUGACCAACCUGAGGAAGGAUAAGUGGGCUGUAGAGAGAAAGCUCUGCAAACUGAGGAGCACUCACACCAAGAGGACUGAAAAGAGAGACAGCAGUGUGGGCGGAGAUGACAGCCUCACCUUUGAUGACGACAGCGAGGACCAAGCAGAUGACGAUGACGAGGAGGAGGAAGAUGGAGGAAAGAAAGGGGCAAAAGCAGAGAUCUGUGAGGAGGAGGACGACAGUGUGAACUCCGCCAGUGUGGAGGAGCUGGAGAAACAGAUCGAGAAAUUAUGCAUGCAACAGAGUCAGAUCACACAGAAGCUGCUACACUCCUCUCAGUCACAGCGCUCCAUGAUGAUUGGACAGGACCGCUACAAGAGGCGCUACUGGCUUCUCCCAGAGUGUGGCGGCAUCUUUGUUGAGGGCAUGGAGAGCAGCGAAGGUUAUGAAGAGUUGAAGGAGAGACAGGAAACAGCUCAGGUGAUCAGAAUAAAGGAGGAGCAGCUGGAAGAGACUAAGAUGGAGUGUGUGUCCAGCCCAGCACCGAGCACAGACCGAGAUAAAGCCACAGAUACUGCAGGGCCAUAUCCGCUGUGUUCCCACCAGCUCAAAGGCAGCCCCUGGAUAACCUCCAGCCCCCAGCCUGUCCUUCAGGACGAUCAGCUCACUAAGACAUUGAUGGAGAAGAGUAGCCAGUGGUUUAGCCUCCUGCCCCGCUCUCCUUGUGACGAGCUUUCGGUCACCUCUGGCUCCAGUCCCUGUGCCUCCUCUUCUUCUCCACAUACCAUGAGCACUAAAUCCCCCUCCUCCCUCUCCCCUAAUCCCCCAGCUACAGCCGGCUACAACGCUGCUGCUGGGAUCAAUAACAUGCAUUCUCCUGUCCUUCAGCAAGUAAAGUCUGGCAUUCAUCAGAGCGGACUGACACUGUGUGACGUGUCCAGUGCAGCGACAAGUCCCAGCCUGCCCUCCCCUGGCACUUCUCUACCCCCUGUGCUGGAUCUGUCCUCCCAGCAUGCGGUGGGUAGUGGGAGCGGGGUCUUAAUCCUGGUGAAUAACACUGUCAACAAGCUUGAGACCCCAGAGGCCCUGUGUGACAAGCCCGCUUGUGCCUUGUUCCCUGCUGUGGAGGCAGCCAAGACCCAGGACUACCCCAGACCUCAGCCUAUCCCUAAGGAGAUGCUGCAUGGUUGGUGGCGAGUGUCAGACGUGCAGGAGCUCCACAGUCUGGUGAAGGCGCUCCACAGUCGAGGCAUCAGAGAGAAGGUCCUACAGAAGCAGUUCCAAAAACAUAUGGAGUAUUUGACCCAGCUCUAUGCCAACAGCGAAGAUGCGUUUGAUGUGGCGAAGCUGGAGAAACGGGAAGUGAGUGAGAAAACCUUGGAGAGUUGGUGUGUGGAGGAGCAGGCGAUGGAGGUGGACAUCAGCCAACUGCAGCAGGUGGAGGCUCUGGAGAGGAGAGUCGUCUCUGCCGGUCUGCAGAUCAAGGGCUGGAUGCACCCUGAGCCCCAGUCAGAGAGGGAGGAUCUGGUCUAUCAAGAGGACAAGCUCCUCUCUUCUCCAGCUCCCGAGAACACGUGGCAAAGAGAAACCAGCCCGGAGAAACUCCCUGGCAGUGUGGUGCGGCGGCCUAACAAUCCUCUUGAUAUAGCUGUCAUGAGGCUGGCAGAGCUGGAGGGGAACAUCGAUCGAAGCAGUGAGGAGGAGGCGACUCCUGGGAUGAGGUUGUGGCACAAAGCCCUCGGAGAAGUCCGCAGCUCGGCUCAGCUGUCGCUUUGUAUUCAGCAGCUGCAGAAAUCUAUCAACUGGGACCGCCCCGUCAUGAAAGUGCACUGCCACCGUUGUCAAAAUGGGGAUAAUGAAGAACUGCUCUUACUUUGUGACGGCUGUGAUAAAGGCUGCCACACCUACUGCCACAGACCUAAGAUCACCACAGUCCCUGACGGCAAAUGGUUCUGUCACAUCUGUGUUGCAAAGGAAAGCGGUCAACUCCGCCGGAGUAGGAAGCAACAGAACCGAACAGCUGGGGGAGAGAUGAGAGGCAGGGCCAAGCUUGACAGCCCUGGGUCCUGUGCCAAAAAAGCCAAACUGGACAAAGACGACAGGAAUUGGCUGGAAAUGUGCCGAGUUCUGCUGACUGAGCUGGAGGCUCAUCAGGACGCGCGGCCCUUUCUCACUCCAGUCAACCACAAAGCCGUACCCUGGUACAAGAAGAUCAUCAAGAAGCCCAUGGACUUCUCCACCAUCAGAGAAAAACUCAGCAACAACCAGUACCUAAAUCUCGAGACAUUCAUCAUGGACGUCAACCUGGUUUUUGACAACUGUGAGAAAUACAAUGAGGACGAUUCAAAAAUCGGACAAGCCGGACACAACCUGAAAGAAUUCUUUGACAAACGAUGGACUGAGCUGCUGAAGAAAAACUAAAGCUAAAAUAAAGAGAAUCACUUGUGCUACUUAUCAAACGUCCUCUUUGGUAUCGGAGGCCUUCUCUUCACCUGUGACACUAGAUCAGUAUGAGCUUCAAUAAAGCCGAUUGUGCAAUGUGAAAGAACAAACACUCCAUGAAUCAGUAUCUUCAAGUGCAAUACUGUUUAGUUCAUGAAAAUAACUCAACAUGUUGUUUGGGAAUCAAACAGGUCAUUGACUCUUUCAUAUCAUCAGCACUGCAGUACAGCUUUUUGUAUAUGUGUAUUUAUUUUUCAUAUUUAUGUUUGAGUCUUUUCUAAGAAACAGAAGGAGAUGGCCCACAGCUUUAACUACGUAUAAAGAUUGUUUAAUGGACGACUGAUCAAGCCGAUCAAGAAAAAAAAAAAAGUUUACAGCAUUUAUUUGUUACUACGGGGUCCAGCAGUGCUACUGUUCUGUUUAAGUGUAAAAAGAUACCGAGGUUUACUGUCACAUGUAUAGUGCUCAUUGCUUUCUUUAUUUACAUUUAAAAAAUGUAUAGUGUACAUACUGAAUAGUCUCUGUGGAUAAGGAUAGUUGAAGCAUUACAAACACUGUCUGAACGUCCACUCAAACACUGCUUUCCUCAGUAUUGUAGUGCCUGACCUCUGAACAGUGAACGGAAUAGUGCAUUCGUCUCUUUCUUCCUUUUUCUAUUUACAGUCUGUGUGUGUGUCCUGCAAAAUAUACUGUAAGAAACCCCCUUACACAAAAUGCAAAGUUCUCUGUGGUGCAUUGUGUUUGACAAUGUCUUGUCAGACGUCCUGCGGACAGACAUGACACCUGCGCUGGGCUUUAAUCCAGCGGGAGUUGGACGGAGUCACGGUCGGCUGGAGGCGUCUCCAGACAUUUGCAGCAGGAAGACUUGGAAGUAACUGGAUUUUACUAUGAAUAUAGUAGUAGCAACUUUUGUAGGUAUAUUAUUUUUAAAUGGUGGAUGGCACAGAUAAAAUAAAGU